UCUGUUUGGGUUCCGAGAAAAUCUUCGCUCGUGUUUAUUUUCUUCUCCCUUUCCCUCCUUUUUCUCGAUUCAAACCCUAGAGCUGGAGAACGGAACAACCAGCCGUGAAAUUCAAGUCCCGGAGAUGACGAGGUGGAGAAGGAUGAGUGGCAGUUCGGAUGCUCGAGGGACAAGCCAAAGCUGCGAAUUCAAGUCCCAGAGACAGCGAAGUGGAGAAGGAUGUGGAGUAGCAAUUCGGAUCCUCGUGGGACAAGCCGAAGCGUUGGAGGAAUUGAUUAAAAGAGGAAUUGGAGUUCGAUUUGGUGACGGAGAUAAGGAGAGAUGAAACGGAAUCCGUGGAAGAGUGAUUUUUGUAACAGCUUGAAUCGGUUGAAGAAGCUAUGGCCGCAAUUCGGACGUCGGUUGCAGAAACAGAGCGUGUUUCCUGUGGUUUCUGGGGACAUUCACGGAGCCCUCCCCACGACUGAGCUCGCCUCUAAAUUUCCUCUCUGGUUAAGAUUAUGAAUCCGGAUGCUUGAAGAAUGUGAACAGAUCACAGACAUGGGGUUUAUAGGUUGUGCCACUGGAAGCAACUCUGUUGGGUUCUGUAAGAUGUCUAAUCAUAUGUGGGGAAGAUGUCUCUGUUGGCAUAGAGACACCGAUUUGAGAAACAAGCAGCUCAUUAAAGCUCUUACGUAUGAAAGCAUAUUGAGAAAGAUUCAACCAGAAAGUUAUCUGCUGCGCGUAUACAAGCAACUUUCUGUGGCGUGCACUCUAUCGUUAUUCUCUUUUGGAACAGGUUUUACCUCCGCUCUGUUUCCCCUCAGCAAGUCAAAGCUUAUGAAAAUGCUGUUCUGUAAAUUUCACCGUUGACAAACUGCAACAUCCACAACAAGGGAUUAAAUAAUUGGCGGUCAAGCAAUUUAUAUUUUGAUUGUUUAGUAUCCUCCGGCAACAAGAAAAGAAAAAUAAUAUAUAUAUAUAUAUGAAGAAAUUGCUAUGAGAUAACUAAGUUAUGAGACGAGUUGAGAUUAUUAUAUCGUACUAUUUGUUGUAACGGGCUAGGAAUGGUUUUCUACGUCCAUGUUUGCAGCUGCACUAUUUAUGCUUUGUUGAUUUUCUGUAUUGAAUUUAUGGUGAAUUUUCUCUUGGGAAAACAGGUAUGGAUUUAACUGUGCUUCCUUGUCCCUCAAAUGGACUUUUGUUUCCUUUGUCCUGAAUUUGUCUCCUAUUCAUCAGGUUUUGGGCAUAGAGCUAUUGGCCUUGCUGCUUGAUCGGUAUCGGCGUGAAUUGGUGAAAGAAGCAAGACUCGCAAGGCUCUCGUGGGUUGGAUGACAUAGCGAGGUUUGAAACUCGCUAAAUAUGUGAAGCUCAAUCUUGAGCAGAAGUGAUACUCACCAAUUCAUUGGGAUCUCUGUCACCACUUGAUCCACAAUAUCUGUAUCAAGCAUAUCUGUACAUUAACUGAGGAAGACAGCCCUGGAAAACUUAGGAGAUAAAGAGAGGAUGGAUUGUUUAGGGCAACUUCUAUUGGAAAAAGCUUUUGAUUGCCUCUAUGAACCCCUUAAAGUGCAUAUUGGUUAUAUCUUUUGCUCUAAGAGAAAAUUUCAGGACGUAGAGAUAAAACUUAAAGAGCUGGAGGGUGCAGAAAAUAGGGUCAAGAAUGAUGUAACCUCUGCUAAGAAUAAAGCAGAACACAUCCAUCAGGAUGUUGAAGAGUGGUUGGUUGAUGUAGCCAGUUGCUAUCAGUUUGCAAACCGUCUUAUCAUGCGGUAUAAGGAGAAAGAAAAUGCAAGGUGUUUCUUGGGAUGUUGUCCUGAUCUGAAAUCCCGGUAUAAACUUAGCAAGGAAGCAGUAGAGCAAUUAAAAGUUAUUGCUCAGCUCUAUGAGAAAAGUAGCAAUUUCACCUCGGUUUCAUUUGAUGCUCCUCCAAAUGGAUUUGGAGUUGUUAGCAAAGACUAUAUGGACUUUGAAUCAAGGUCUGCUGGUUUGGAGCAGCUUAUGGAAGCAUUAUCUGAUGUUGAAGUUGACACAAUUGGUGUACAUGGCAUGGGUGGAGUUGGAAAGACCACGUUAGUUAAAGAAGCUUCUGUAAGAGCCAAGAAACUAAACUUGUUUGACAAGGUUUUAAUUGUUACUGUAUCAUGGAAGGCGGAUAUUGGAAAAAUCCAAGGGGAAAUUGCGGACAAGUUAGGACUAGAAUUUCGUGAACAGAGUGAUUCAGGAAGAGCAGACAGGCUAUGUGACAGGUUGAAAGAGUUUAAGAGGCUCCUUGUUGUUUUAGAUGACCUGUGGUCGGGGCUUGAUUUGGAGAAAGUUGGAAUUCCUCAUGGAGAUGCUCAUAAGGGAUGCAAGCUUCUGCUUACAUCUAGGAGCAUUGACGUUCUGUAUGGCUAUAUGAAUGCCCAAAAGAUUGUCAAAGUUGGCACAUUACAACGCAAGGAAGCCUGGAAACUUUUCAAGAAAGUAGCCGGUCAGAGAGUGGAAGGGCCAGAUUUGAAAGACACAGCAGAUAAGAUAGCCACCAAAUGUGGAGGUUUACCAAUUGCCAUUGUAACAAUUGCAAAAGCUUUAAAGGAAAAAGGUUUGGAAGAAUGGAAGAACGCAUUCAGGGAGCUUCAAAGAUCCGCAUCUGAAAACAACACCGAUAUACCAAAUGAUGCAUAUCGUUCUAUAGAGUUUAGUUACGAACAGUUGCAAGGCUAUGACCUUAAGUCGGUUUUCUUGCUCUGUGGCUACAUGGGUGGUUAUCAUAUAAUAGACCUGGUCAAGUAUAGUGUGGGUUUGGGCUUAUUUCCAAGAGUUUCUUCAAUGGAAGAGAUAAGGACCCGAGUGUGUGCAUUGGUUUGCAAACUUGAAGCUUGUAGUUUGCUGCUUAGUCGGCCUAAACAUGAUCAAUUCGCCUUGCAUGAUGUUGUUCGCGAUGUUGCAAUAUCUAUUGUAUCAAAAGAUACACAGAUAUUUGUAAUGCGGGAAAACGUUGGACCAAAGCUAUUUCCAGACGUAAACACACUGAAGAAUUGCACGGCAAUCACUUUAUUCGAUGUUGUCAUCAGUAAUCUUCCCAAAGAGUUGAAAUGCCCUAAGUUGCAAUUUUUUCAUAUUUUCAAUAAGAAUCCUUCUCUAGAUAUUCCAGAAGAAUUUUUCAGACAAAUGGUGGAGCUUAGAGUUGUAGAUUUGACUAACAUGAUUAUCAAGUCUUUGCCAACUUCUUUGCUUCAUCUAGCAAAUUUGCAAACCUUGUGUCUCGACCAUUCCAUCUUGGGGGAUAUCUCUGGCAUCGGGGAGCUGAAGUCGCUUGAAGUGCUAAGUUUUUUAUGGUCAGAAAUCCAACAACUGCCGGAGGAGAUUGGACAACUGACGAACUUGAAACUGCUGGACUUGGACCAUUGUUCUAAACUAGGAGUGAUUCCCCCGGAUGUCUUAUCUGGGCUGACUCAGUUAGAGGAAUUGUAUAUGAAUGACAGCUUCAAAAACUGGGAAUACGAAGGAGUAGCUGAAAACAGGAGGCAAAAUGCUACUCUUGCGGAGUUGAAGCAUUUGCCGCUUCUCACAACAUUUGAAGCACAUAUCCGAGAUGAGCAGCUCAUUCCAAAAGGCUUAUUCACCGAAAAUCUAGUCAGAUACAACAUCUUUAUAGGAGAUGAAUGGGUUUGGAACGAUGGAUGUGGAUAUUCGAGGAUGCUUAAGUUGAAGCAUGACAUAGACCAUCCUGUUGAUGAUGGUGUACUUGUAUUGCUAAAGAAAGCUGAAGAGUUGUACUUGGAUGAGUACAAGGGUAUAGGGAGUAUCUUCUGCAGAUUACACAAAGAACAUUUUCCGCAGCUGAAGUAUCUCCACAUCCAAAAUAAUUCUGAAAUUGAAUAUAUGGUUGACUCUUCAGCUGAUACGAUGCAUUCUGGUUCUAAAUCUUUUGGUGUUUUUCCGAUGCUGGAGUCAUUGUCCCUUUGCAAUGUCAUCGAGUUAAAGAAGAUAUUCAAAGGCAACUGCUUGACAUCCUCUUUCAGAAAAUUAAGAACAGUAAAAGUGGAGAAAUGCAAGCGUUUAAGAAGCCUGUUUCCCUGGUGCAUCUCCAAGGAGAAUCUUACACAACUGGAAGAAAUUGUGGUGAUAGAUUGCAUGAGCAUUUCUGAGAUUUUUGGGGAUGAAGAAUGUGAGGAGGAUGAAAUUCGUGAAGAGAUUGACGGUUUUAAGUAUCUCCAGUUACGCUGUCUAACUUUGAAACAUCUUCCUGCACUUGUUAGCUUCUGCUCCAAACAGAGUCUUCCUUCUACAUCUCAAAGUAGCAGAACAGAAUCUGUACCGCUUUUGGAUGAGAAGUUUCAGUUCCCUCGGCUGGAAACUCUGGAGUUAGUAUCUCUUCGCAUUGAAAAGAUAUGGAGAAUGCCAGAAUCCUCAUCUUCGUUUAAAGAGCUGGCCAAGUUAAUCAUAGACGGAUGUGAAUACUUGGAAUUUGUUCUGUCAUCUUCCAUGGUAUGCCGGCUUGAGCAUCUCAAACAACUUGAAAUAAGCAAUUGCAAGAAGAUGCGUCAGAUAGUAUUUGCAGAGGAGCCGAAUUGUCACAAAACAACUUUGUUUCCUCAAUUAGUCAUCCUCAAAAUGGAUAAUCUGCAGAAUCUCACAAGUUUCUACUCAGGAGAUUGUGCUGAAUUUCCAUCGUUGGAGCAUUUGCUGAUCCGAAAAUGUCCACAGUUUAAGGAGUUGAUUGGUGUCCAACCAAGAGACACAGACCUUGUAAGGAUCGCGCAGACCAAUUAUGUCAAAACAGAUGACGGGUUUUGCCCCGUUGAUGAAGCUCUUUUUGAUGGAAAGAUUCAGGCCCCUAAGCUGAAGGAGUUGAUAUUGUCCUCAUUGGAAAUUGCAAAACUGUUCCCUGAUGAGCCCUUGACCACUGGCUUCUCUGUUCAACGGCUGGCGAGGUUGAUCCUAGAGAACUGCAAUACAAUGAGAUAUCUCUUUCCAUCUUAUGUGGUUCAAAGCCUUACCCGGCUUGCAAAGCUCGAGAUACGUGACUGCAGUAACAUGGAAAGCAUCGUGGCUGCAGCAUCAGGACUGGGCAAGACUGCAAAGAAAACAAUUGAAAUUAAAUUUCCUAAACUGGAUGAUCUAAAGCUUGAAAAUCUCUCAAGCCUCUCAAGGUUCUGUGAUGGAGAUCGCAUUGAUUUGCCUCGGCUGAAAAAGUUAAACUUAAAGAACUGCCCUGAUAUGAAUUGCUUCAUCACAGACUCCAAAUCCAGCCGAGGACCAAAUGCUACUGCCCCUCUAUUUGAUGAGAAGGUGGGCUUCCCGACGUUGGAGAAUUUGACAAUCAGUCACAUGGACAACAUAACAGAGAUAUGGCAGAACCGUCUUCAUCCAGGUUCUUUCGACCGUCUGAGCUGUUUAAAAGUCGAGUACUGUGCAAAACUACUAAGCAUUUUCCCAUCAACCAUGCUAUCUGCUCGUAGAGAGCUCGAAAAGGUAAAGAUCCUUAACUGUGCAUCAGUUCGGGUUAUAUCCGAACGUGAAGCCGCAAAUGUUGCUGAACUGACAGUGACCAACCUUGAACUAAGAGAAUUGCCCGAACUCCAAGGAUUCUACUCAGGGAAUCAUCAUAACCGGUGGCCAUUUAUAAAAAAAAUCAUUUGCUCGUUAGACUGCGAGAAGAUGAUACCAUUUGUUCUAAGGAGCCACGGAGAAAUGGAUCCAGAAAACCGACCAGUGAUCCAGAUUGUUUAAUUGAUCGAGGAAGAUGGAACCCGGUUUGUUUCUUUAAUCAUCUUCUUCUUCUUCUUCUUCUUUUUUAAAGUUUGAAUAUUUAUGAUUGCCAGUGACCAUCUUCUGGGUUCACGUUAUUGGUCAAAGCUUUGUCAAGACAACAAAUCAGAAACGGAGUAUAUGACUCUGACAAGCUGACAGUAUGUGUUGGACAAAUCCAUCAGUUUAGAGAUGUGUUGGAUUCAUGGUGAUGAUGAUGAUGAUGAUGGUGAUGGUGAUGGUGAUGGUGAUGGUGAUGAUGGUGAUGAUGUAAACAAGAAAUUAUUCCCUUACCAAUAGUAAUUUAAACUAAUAAAUUACAUUCCCUUAAAAGUGUUUAUGAAAAUAUACAUGAAUGGAAGUAUCAAUUUAUA